AUGAUAAAUCUUGUUAUUGUUGUUAAAUUUCCAGGUAACUCCCUUCCAAUUCCACAUCAUGCGGAAGAGGACAUUUCAAAAGUAUUGUCUUUAGCGUCUGUUAAAACCAGACCUGAGGUGCACAGUAAUACCAAAGGAAUUGGCGCGGACGCUGGUGGGUCUAAAUACCCGAGAAUACAAAAGAACACUUUUCAAACGCCGGUGAAGCUUGAAAAUGCUGACUCGCGUUCACAUGAAAGAACAUCACAAAGAAGUCGGGAAUUUACAUCAGAGGGACUGCACUCAUUGUCACGGAAGAACAACACUGAAAGGAGUCUCUCUAAAAAGAUUGUGCGGCUUAUCAAAUUAAGAUACAAUAACGUGGCUACUGCAAUCGGCAGAAUAUUUACUGAUACCAAGCAUGACUUGGAUGAAGCAAGUGGCCUGGAUCAGGAAGAAAGGAACGACCACUCUACUACAGUCCCUGGUAAUGAUUACAAGUCUGACAGGUGGGGCAGUGAUCAUGAGGAUGACGACGUAGACGAUUCACUUCAAUCUCCAGAUGAUUUUCUGGAUGACGUGAAAGGGAAAGACGCUCCCGACCAAGCAACAAAUAACGAAUACGGUUUUGAACACUCUGGAGAUGGACGUGGUUUCCCGAGAGGACGCGAGAACGGUGAGCAAACCAUUGAGCUCCUGCCCUUCUAACCUCGUCCUCAGGGCUUUUUCUUUAAAAAAUGGGUGGGGCGGAGAGGGUCGAAUUUUGGGGGCCAGUUGUCCCCUGCCCCACCCAUUUUUUAAGGGAAAAGCCCUGGUGACGCGGUUGCUGCCCUUCCCAUUUUCCAAAGGAUAAUUCUGAAAACGAUGUUGAUCAUUUCUAUUCUGUUUUCACAAACUAUUUUUUUUUAUAAUAAUAAGACUGUGAAACUGUGAAAGGUUUGAACUCAGCCGAGUCAUUUCAUAAGUCGGUUUAACAUGAUCGUCCGGAUAAACGUAGUCCUGAAUAGGAUGUUCAUGACAAUGACUGACGUUUUGACAACCUGUGCGGUAGUCAUCUUCAGAGACAGAGUGAGUUGUAUCACCUCAGACCUGAUUGGUCCGAAGUCGCGACGUUAUUGGUCGUCUGUCAGCUAAGCCGUAAUUUCAUUGGUGUGUAAUAAUUAGUGUACACUUUUUGAACUCAUCUGCGGUGGAAAAUAUCAUCCAUCUAGUGUGAAGGACAUCGUCCCAAGGACUUUUCCCUGGUUAAAAUGUCAAUGGUACGUUUUAGAUAGAUACUUUUUCAAACCUUAAAUUUUUCCCAGUUUAACGAUGGGGCAGGUUGGCCUUCCUACUUUCUUUGUAUUAAUAACUGACGUUUGUGCUCUUAUAACUGAACUCGCACAAAUAACUUACAAUUUACUUUCCUCUUGUUCUAGUUGGAGGUAACAAAGAAGGCCACUCUUCUAGACAAAAGCGAGAGGAACCAGAAGGCGGAAGUCAUAAAACGAACAAGGAUGACCUGAAAAAGCGAUUUCAAAUGCCAGUUUCAGGAGUCCGCUGGACAGGUUUCUCCUUGGCUCAUCACACAAGCCGAGAUGGCGUUGCUAAUGCAAAGAAAUCGAAAAGGAAUAAAAAUGAUGAUGAUGAGGUUACCGGAUCAUUUACGCUUUUUCUUGUGUUUUCCGUUGCCAGUGUUCUGUUGGUGGUUCUCACGAUGGCAGUCUGUUUUAUAUACACAUGGUAA